CCCUCCGCCGGCCGAGGGCAGGGCCGGGGCCGCCUCAUAUAAGCUUGGCGGCUGCCAGCAGCAACCCAGCGGCAAACCUCGCCGUGCUAGUGACUGUCUCCUUCCGCAGCAGCGACUCCCGGCUCUCUUCCUCCGUCCCGCCCGCUCCGGGGCGGUGUGAUGUGAGAGGAGCGCCGCGGCUUCCCCUCCUCCCCCCCGCAACCCCCGCUUUCAGCGGGGCGCGGAAGCCAUGUUCCCCCCGGAUUCCACCUGGAAUAUCUCCUUCGCCGGCUGCGGCUUCCUGGGUGUCUACCACGUCGGGGUAGCCAGCUGCCUGCAGGAACAUGCCCCCUUCCUCGUCGCCAACGCCAGGAAGGUCUACGGCGCCUCAGCCGGGGCGCUCACCGCCACCGCCCUCGUCAGCGGCGCCUGCCUCGGUGAGGCUGGUGCCAGCAUUAUUCGAGUGUCAAAAGAAGCCCGGAAGAGGUUCUUGGGCCCACUCCACCCAUCUUUCAACUUGGUGAAGAUCAUUCGGAUCUGCCUGUCCAAGACUGUGCCAGAGAAUGGGCAUGAGGUUGCAGCGGGACGUUUGGGUAUUUCCCUGACACGGGUCUCUGAUGGAGAAAAUGUGAUACUGUCAGACUUCAAUUCCAAGGAGGAGCUGAUCCAGGCUUGUGUCUGCAGCACCUUUAUCCCUGUCUACUGUGGGCUGAUACCUCCAACCUUGCGUGGAGUGAGAUAUGUUGACGGAGGGAUUUCUGACAACUUGCCACGAUAUGAGCUGAAAAACACAAUCACAGUCUCUCCAUUCUCAGGAGAGAGUGAUAUCUGUCCACGGGACAGUUCCACAAACAUGCAUGAGCUGAGAGUCACCAAUACAAGCAUCCAGUUCAACCUUCGCAACCUCUACCGCCUCUCAAAGGCCCUGUUUCCUCCGGAGCCGCAGGUGCUGCGGGAUAUGUGCAAGCAGGGCUAUCGGGAUGCACUACACUUCCUGAAGAAGAAUGGUCUCCUUCAUCGUCCAAGUCCUGCCCGUCCUCUCCUUGCCAUAGAAGCACCCCCAGGAGAGAAGAAAGAGGAAGAAACAGAAGAUGAGGACCAACUAGAGGACAAUACUGCCCUUGCUGUUGUUGAAGAGCACAUCUUCGAACACUUGCCUCCCAGACUGAACCAAGCUCUUCUGGAGGCUUGUGCCGAAAGAAGAAGUUUCUUGACUGGCAUCACCAACAUGCUGCCUAUACGUGUUGCCACAGCAAUGAUGGUCCCCUAUAUGCUGCCCCUGGAGUCUGCAGUUUCCUUCACUGUCAGGUUGCUGGAAUGGCUCCCAGAUAUCCCUGAGGAUAUUAGAUGGAUGAGGGAGCAGAUAACUGAAAUCUGCAACUAUCUUGUGAAGAAAGCCAAGAAGAAACUGGGCAGCCAUCUUUCAGCCAGGCUUUACUAUCACCUGGAGCUUGGAGGGCCCCAGAGCCUGCCCAUUUCUUCUACAUCGGCCUGUGGUGAAGCACUGCCUAUGUGGAUGAGAAGCAACCGUUCCCUCUCUGAUGUCAUGAUGAAGUGGGAGGAGUACCAGCGCCAGCUCAUGCUGGGCUUACUCUGCAUCAAUGUGGACAUGCAGGCCUCUCUCUUCCCUCGGGAAGGGUUUCAGAUAAAGCUUCCACCUCUAGACUGUGCGAAAGAGUGCCUGCCACUCUUCUGAGCCUGCUGCCGUGAGGGGAUAAGGGUGGGUGGGAAGGGGAGUGGAUGUAGGGUAGGACCAGUCUCAUCUCUCAGCAGCGGGCUGCCCUGUGCUCCUGAAUAUGCUGCAAAGGGGAUUUCCCUGGGAUGGAGACUGGUGGAAUUGACUGUAGCCAUUUGUUGCCUGCUGGGCCAGGCAGGGGAUCUCUGUGCUCAAAGACACACAUGGGCUGAUACCUUGCUCUAGACUUGUGUUGAGGCCUGGCCAUUGCCCAUGUCCAGGCUGAUGCUGACCCAGCUGGGCUCUCCCAAAUAAUGCACUUUGAAUUGCUGUUGGCUUUUUACCACCAAAUAAUCAGGACGUAGAUGAUGCUCUCACGUUCAUACAGCUUUUAGCUUCCUUUGUUUUUUAGAGCAUUAGUCUUGUUUUUUCUUAAAUCAUCUGAUAUCCCUUAGCUCUUUGUGCUACUGAAAGAUGAAGUAGCCUCUUGCCAAACCAGUUUUUCUCAUGGCUUCCAAAUCUCCUCUUGACUUCAUUCUUUGCUGAAGCCAUGUCCUUUCCUCUGUCCCUUAACUGCAUCCCCACUGGAAGCUGGAGCUGGCCCUGCUGCAGACUGCACUGGGACUGCAGAAAUGUAGAAAAGUUAUGUAUUUAUCCUGAUUCAUGUUGUCACGGUCUCUCCCUUUUUUAUUUUUGUCCUCAUGGCACUGCUGCAGCUUGAACUCUGAGUGUUAAGUAAGUCAUUAAGCCUAUUUAGAGAAGUAAUUUAGACAGAUUUUUUUUUUUCCAGGGAAACGUGGAAUUUGAGGCCCCAUUCCUGUCGGUGUGAAUGGAAUUAGUGUGGGGUUGCCCUGGAAAAGCUCAGCCUGACUAUCUCGGGAUCAGCUUAGCAGCUGAAGCAAUGUGAAGUGCUUGUAGGAAGGUGAGAUUGUGCAGGGCAUGUUAUUUUGAGUGGCUUGUGGUGGAGUGUCCCAGCAAGUGCUGGGGAAGUGGCUGCCUCUGACAGGGCUUGGGCUUUGUGCCUUAAGGGACUGUCCAACUGAAGGAAAUUCCAAGUGGGUGAUACAAAAGGGAUCUCCUGCCAAACUCGGGCUUGGCUCUGUCUUUUGCUCAAAGACUUUGGAUGUUGAGGCUUUGGAGUGAGAAGGAUUUAGGCUUGUAGGUAUACCAGCCUCACAGCUUGCCUGUCUCAUGUUGUGGCUCACAGGUACACCUCUGCAGCUGGCAAUAGCAGGAACAUCAGAAGUGGAAGUGAAGUUAGGAGUGGUGGUGCACAUGCAGCCCACGUGGAACUGGCUACGUUUGUCUUGUCCCUUAAAAGAUCAGAGCUAGUGGGUUUGUAGCAGGGCAGGACUGUGCCUUGUAAGGUACUGCCUUGUCAGUGGUCUGGUUGUGACUUGCUGUGCAGAGGCAUGAACUCUCUGUUCUUCACAGGGUGAGACAUGGCUUCCUGCGGGAGUUGCAUGUACUUAAGCUUAAGUCCUUGCACUAUGACAGAAAACCAGCUCCUGGUAUCUUUUUCUGCAGCGUGUCUAGCUGCAUGAGGCAUCUUCUACCUCUCCUAGUACAAACAGCAUGCAACUGGCCAAAGCAAACAUAUGCUGUCUUUGCUGGGGAGCAGGACAGCUGCUGAAGCUGAUUACAUAGCCUAUACAUGGAAUAGUGAUUUAUAAUCGACUCUUUUGCACCUUUGAUUUAGAAAGGGAAAAUAACCCCAGAAGUUCUACUAGUAGCUGGAGAAUGUAGUGAAUCUGCUUGAUUGCAUCUGCAUGAGCAGUGUAGGUGAGGUGGUGGGUGCUGCUUCCUACCAGUGCAAUUGUGCACUGGGCAUGGGUUUGAGUGUUUGUGGUGGAGACUGUGAUAAGCAUCAGGACUUUCCUGUGGUGGCUGUUGCAAGCUGGGAGGCAAUAGACUGGGCAGCUGUGGUGCUAACUGACUGUUGGGGAGACACCAGUGCAAAUACGAACUUGUGACUUAAGAGUAUCACCUAUGUAACACAAGGGCCUGCAUAGCUUAUGAAGCAGGCCUGCACUUAAUGCAGUCAGAUUUAGUCUUAAGCUUCACAUAGUUAAGACAAUUAGGGAACAGGGAAGUCACUACAGGAAGAUAAAAAAUAGGAGGAUUCUGAAACCAGAAUAGGAAUAUUGGAUUAUAAAACAAGUCAAUCCUGUGAUUGUCUAAAGCCUGCAGGAAAAGCUUACUGCUAGAUGGAUAUAACUCUAAUUGAAGUGAACCAGCAACAAGCUACUGUCAGGUAGUAGGAGCAGGAUGAAUUUAAUGAAAAUUGGAGUUGAGAAAAGGUGUUUAUUUUCAGGUUUGGUGUGGGAUUUCUUUUCUUCCACUGCUUUCGGCAACCUUCUUUGGGGCAGUGGCACGUGCA